ACAUGUCCUCACUGUAGCAAAGGGCAACGCCUUUUUAACAAACAUCCACACUGGAGUGGUGUUUCACAGAAUCCCUGGGGCUGGGCUUUCUAGGGCUUCAGAUACGCUCGGCAGCAGCACAACUGUGCCCCUGCCCCACUUUUUCCUCACGUUCUCCCGGAUUCGAGAGGCAGAGCUCCUCAGGGGCAGCCGAGAAGGGCUGAAGGCAGAGAGGACGGCAAGAUGGCGAUCGUAGCUGUGGAUUACAGGGCGGUGACAGCACCGGUGGGGAUCGUGCGCUUCUCCGAGAUCUUCCUCGCCUGCGUAGCCUUCAGCCUGGUGGCCCAUGUGGGCCACAUCGCCGCAUCCUACUGGGCCUGGUGCAUGUUCACCUGGUGCUUCUGCUUCGCCGUCACGGUGCUGAUCCUGCUGCUGGAGUUCACCGGCCUCCACGCCAAAAUCCCCAUCUCCUGGGAUGACUUCACCACCGCCUUCGCCAUGCUGGCCACCCUCAUGGUCUUCACCGCGUCCAUUAUCUACCCCAGCUUCUACAUCCACUCUCACAAUUCCUACGCGAUUGCCGCCACCAUCAUGUCCAUCCUCUGCUUCACGGCCUAUACCGCUGAGGUGGUUUUGACGAGGGCCAAGCCUGGUGAGAUCAGUGGCUUUCUAUCUACGGUUCCUGGACUCCUGAAAGUGCUGGAGGCCUUUGUGGCCUGCAUCAUCUUCAUCUCCCUCUCCUUCGACAAACACAAUGCAGGGCUGAACUGGUGCGUGGCCGUCUACUCCCUGUGCUUCAUCUUCUCCCUGGUCAUCAUCGUCUUCACCAUCUGCCGCCUCAUCGCCCUCUUCCCCUUCUCCUUCGACAAGGUCCUGACCGGCUACAACAUCCUGGCUGUGCUCAUGUACGUGACCGCCGCCGUGAUCUGGCCCCUCUACAGCUUCCAGAACAACCCUCGUCCCAACAAGUGCCCUUUCCCCUGCACGUGGGAUAAGCUUGUGGUGGUCACCUUCAUGACUUACUUCAACCUCAUCGUCUAUAUAGUGGACACCGUGUAUUCUGUGCGGUUUGUUUUCUUUGUUUCCCCAGCAUAGUCGCGGGACCGUUUCAGAUCUGCACCAAAGGACAGCCGGCUUUGUCUGACACCAUGGUUUUGACUGCGCCUCUGUACACCUUUUCACUUUGUACAGAAAAGGGCAUCCAUUUUUAAACUUCAAACGAGAAAAGGGUAUUUGAGCACUAAUCGAGCCUUCUUUCUCAAAUGUUAGACACAGGUAGUUUUUGUAGCUUAUUCAAUUCCAGGCAUAGCUCUCAUACACAACUCAAGACAGACCAAUAGCACAAAGAGUUUUGUAGUUACUGUAAAACACUCUUCAUAUUUUAUGGUGAAUUGUUUUUUUUUUCCAGCACUUAUUGUGAGAUCAUAUCAUACCUGAGUUGUAUAAAAUGUAACAGAAUUUUAAUUCAGCAAGCCUAGAUUUACUCCACAUAUUUAAUACAAUGAAUGUAAAUAAUUAUUACUUGGAGCAAUAUGCAGAUGUAAUUAAAAGACAGAGAGAGGCUUUUUAUUUCAUUAUGUUUACAUCCCAACUAUAAAAGCUUGUAACUGGCAUUUAACCCCUGGGUGCUUGGUGGCAGAUGUGCUGUAUGUAAUCUUUUGGAGAAAUAAUUGUACAAAAGAUGCAGAUAACUCUUUGUUUAUUACUUUUAUCUCAAUAUCAUUUAACUGAAACUGAAAGGUGAAAGAGGCACGGUGGCACAGCAGUUAGCCCUGGGUUUGAUUCCAGACCUGGGGUGCUGUCUGGGUGGAGUUUGUAUGUUCUCCUCCUGUUGACAGGGGUUUCCUCCCAUUGGCCAAAAACAUGCUUGUAGGUUAAUUGGCUUCUGGAAAAGUUUGGCUCUGGUGUGAGCAUGUGUGCAUUCUGUGGUGUGUGCCCUUAGAUGGGCUGUGUCCUGUCUGGUGUUUGUCUACUUUAUGCCUGUUGCUUGACAGGAUAGAUUCUGGCUUCCUUGGAACCCUGAAAAUGUUAGAAAAUGAAGUGAUGAAUGAACACCCCAGUUAAAUCAAUAGUCAACUGGGACUUAAAUCUUAAAUGAUCUUUAGCGCUACAAUGUCUCUGAAAUAUAUACAGUCUGUAAUUCUCAGUAUUUGAACUCCAGAAAGAAAUGAAGCCAGACAAAGCUGGGUUAGGUGAAGUCAAACUGAUGCAGAAAUCUUACAUUUCAAGCUGAAGUGUGCUGGCAUUGGUUACUUAAAAUUAUUUUAUAAAUGUAGGUUUUUUUAAUCAAUGGAAAAAAAAAUGCAAAAGCCAUGAAAAGCACAGGACAUUUUAAACAUUAAGCCAUCAGACUCUUCUGAGUAAGUAGAUGGUCUGAGACAAUACCAAAACCUGUUUUUUUUUGUCAAUGAAAGACAAAAACCAUUUUCUAGAGAAGCAGAUAAAUCUCAAAGUCUAAUAAUGCCAUUAAUGCAUUUUGUAAUACUGACCUAAUCUCUAGGCUUCCAGAUAAAUUCCAGUUACUCAUUUCAGAGGUAUGUUGUGAAGAUAAGAACGUUAGGACAGAAAAGGGAGUUGGUUGAAGUCCUUUGUGCUAAAUAUAAAGCUUGAUCUAAGUGUAACAUUUGGGUAACACUUUAUCAUGUGUUUAUAAUUUAAAUGUACGUAUUAAGUAAUACAUAUUGCCUAUGGAGCUAAUAUGAAAUGAGCUUUUAAGUCCCAGUGUAUUUAUAGACUGUUCUCUUUGAAUUAAUCAUGUGCAGACAUUUAUCAUAAAGUGUUACAAACAUAUGAAUGAUUCACUCUCUAGUGUUUUGAGGGCAAAAAUAAGACAAACUGAAUGACUUCAAAUCUUUUGGCUCAUACACAAUUUUUUAUGUACUUUUUUUUAUUCCACGUGCACUCCAGUUAAAUUGCCCCAAGUGUCGACAAAGUUAAAAAAGAAUUUCACACCUACAUCAUUUUUAUACUGUUAACUUUUAUAGAGAACCGUAAAGUAUUUUUAUAAGAGGGAAGAAUUUGAAAAACAACCUGUAACUCUGUUAAAAAGAGAUCCAUGUCAAAAUAAAUUUGACCGAACACAUUUUGUUUUGUUUUUUAUUAUGAUCUUUUGUUAAAAAAAAUAAUUAACAAUAUGAACCUGUUCCUUGAAGCCAAAUUUAUUGGAUAAGAGUAGGUAACAUGGCGGUCAAAUCUUUGUCACAGAAUCUGUGUCUUUUGUACACGCCAGAGUUUGAACACUGAAGACUGACAGUUUUUGGGUCAGUUCUGUCUGAACUCAGCUGCAUUAAGCCUGUUGGAUCUCACAUUCCAAGUGCUCAGUUUAAUGUUAUGUAUUUGGUUCUAAGAUGCUUGAACAUGUGUACUGCAAUAAAUUUACAACUACAAUUGCA